AUUAUAAAGAUUGAAAUGAUGAUCAUGAAACAGCCGACAAGAAGCCAGUAUAACCAAAGUGGAGAGAAAGAUUGUAUUUUCCACCGUAUUAAUCUUUGUCCGUUACGUAGUAACUGGUUAAUAUGAAGUAUUUGUACCCAUAUAUGGAAAAUUCGUUAAGUAGCCACCACCAAUCACAUUCAACUAUUUGAAGCAUGAAAUGGAGGGCUGUGCAUCGUCAGUUGCCAACAUUCCUGCAACAUUUUUCUCCCCGCGACAAACUCACUUCUAAAAUAGGAAAACAAAAGGCUAUGGAAAUAGGAGGAAACCCUCCCCAGAAGAGGCUCAUAAUACUUUGAAAUAAGAGAAAGAAAGGGGGGAGUGAAAUUGGAGAUCAUUCUAUUGAGUAUUGAUCUCCAAAAAGGAUAAACAAAAUGAGGUUUAAUCUUUGCGUCCAUUUCCUUCUCUUCUUUCUUUUUGCUACAUGUUUUGCUUCUUCUUCUUCUUUCAUUUCAGAUAAUGCCUUCCUUUCUCAGAGAAAUACUGGCCGUGCUCUUCUUCAAGCCCAAACCAGUUGCCCUAUAAAUUUUGAGGAAAAGAACUACACCAUCCUUACAAGCCAGUGCAAAGGACCAGAUUAUCCAGCUGAACAAUGUUGCACAGCUCUGAAGGAAUUUUGCUGCCCUUUCGUGGAUAAACUUAAUGACAUGAAAACUGAUUGUGCUGCAACCAUGUUCAGCAACAUAAACCUCCGGGGAAAAUUCCCGCCAGGCCUUUUCUCCAGUAAAUGCCGUGAAGGGAAAUACGGCCUCACCUGCCAAGCCUCACCACCUCCUGCACCACCACAGAAGAGUCAUGCACCAGCUACUCAGUCCACAUUGUGGAUGCGCACAACUGCCCUUCUAGCUUUGUUUCUCUUCAUGCACUGAAUCUUGAAAGGUGAAAAAAAAAAAAAAAACCCACUAAACAUAAAUAAAUUCCUUUUCGUUUAUCAAUUUCUCUCAGCCUCCAGUUUGACUUCCUCAGCAGCAACAAAUUGUACCGAUGUUAAUCCUGCUGAAUAAUAUGAUAUCAUAAUGUAUUUUUGUUUAUUUACUUGUGCACGUUAAAUCCAUGGUUGUAGCUAAAAUAAAAUUAUAAAACAAUUUUUCCCUUCCAUAAA